AUGAAGAAAGCAAUACGAAGAAUCGGAAGAUCUCUUUCACGAGACAGAUAUGGCAAAAAAGAGGACAAGAGUACCAACCGCCCUCCAUCCGUUCAAUCAACGGAGCCGGGACAAUUGGUCAAAUCCGGCUCCACAUCAACACUCAAUUCUGGAUUCGAUCGAAACUCGGAGACGGGAUCGCGAAAGUCUUUCCGAGAUACGAGCAUCAACCGAUUGAAAAAACUUUUCCGCGGCGAUUCGAAGGAUGAUGCUGGAUCAAUGCGUGAUAACGAAUCGCUUAGAAGUGGAAGAAGUAGUAGGAGUAACCGUUCUAUCGGCACCGACCGAGGAAGAACAAGGCGUCGAAACACAGAAUUUUCAGGACAAAAGUAUUUGGUUAAAAUUGAAUUAUCAAUUCGCCGAAGUGGCGCGCGACCAGUGUUCACCCAACGAACGGAAAUUGUAAUGGACAACAAUCCAAAGACGAAGAACUCUCCGAAGCCAUAUUUCCCACUUCCAAUGCGUGAUGUAACACUAGACGAAACCGGCGGUUUUGUUCUGAGAGCCGAGACGCCCACUGGGCUUUACGAAAUACUUGCCGAAAAUCCGCAUGGAUCCGUUUCAAGCAAGGCGAAUGUGCUUUCUUUUAACUCUCCGAAGUCCCGUCCCGAGUCUUUGACUAGUCUUCCGCCGGUAGUUCCUCCGUCCUUGACGAGGGUAACGCCUCAGCGUCCUAGUCCAAGGCUCCCAGCAGAUACGUCAUUAAGCACCAGAAGUCCUAGUAAUGGCUCCCUAGAAAAAAACCAACGAACACUGGCCGACGUCAAGACACAAAUGAAGCAGCGACGCCUGGCACCUACAUUUGGCAACAGCUUGGACAAGGCUGAUUCAACGGAAUCGUCAUCAACGUCUGAUCAGUCUCUUCACAAAGUUGAUCCACCUCAUCUUCCGGAACCAAUUCCAGUUCCUCGAGCAAAGAUUUUUGCCCCACAACAACCAGAAAUCGCAAGAAUCUCCCCAAGCUACUGUGCCCCGCCUUUGGAAUACCGCUCACGUCGGGCACCAAGUCCCACGGAUUCUGAAUAUUAUUCUGGUGGAUAUGAAAGUGCCUGCAUGGAGACACCGACUGCCAGUCCCCGCGAAUCACCAACUCCGCCGGAUAAGCUUCUGAUUCCUGGAGGUUCUGAUGAAAUGAAGAGGAACUCCUUUUGUUCUGAUUCGGAAUAUAUGACUUCUAACGAAGCGUACGAUUCAGAUGUAAAUUUGAAGGUUUCUGUGAGACGAACACCAUCUAACGUGAGCAACAUGACAACAACAGAUGAAGAAUAUCUAACUGCUGGUGGCGGUUCAGACACGGAAGUAGAAGACGAUCUUGCCGAGUCCUUGCCCAAGAUAUCAUUCUUCAACAAAGGCCCGAUGCAUAUUCCUCUUCUCUCAUCGUUAUCACUUUCUUGUGAGGUCACAGGUGUUCCUGAGCCCGACGUGAAGUGGUUUCGUGAAGGGAACAUGCUUACAAGCGGGCAAAAUGGCUAUCAAAUAAGAAAAAUUUGCAACGGAAAAUGGAACCUGUUUGUCAACCAGGCCGCGAUGGAACAUGGUGGCGAGUAUGCAAUAUCAGUGUAUAACUACAAAGGAAGCGCUUAUCGAGCUUGUCAUGUAGUAGUGGAACAUGCGAUGAGGCCGCCCGCCAUGCCCGAUUUACUGAGCUCUUGUGACGAGUACUGUUCCCGCUCUGACCUCUAUCUCAGCGACGACACUGAUACUGAACACGGGCGCUCGAUUAGACCCAGCUACGUCAAGGCCUUGCCACAGAAACCAGAGAUUCUUCGUAGACUCAGCAAUACUACAGUCAAUGAAGGAUCUCGUCUUGUUCUUUCAAUGGAAGCGACUGGUGGCCCUGUUUCUUUUUAUAAAAAUGGAGAUCAGCUGACAGAAACAAAGAGGAUGAAAAUAUCGUCAUUUCGAAAUCAGUACGAUCUGAUCAUAGAACCGAUUCUUCAGCAAGACCACGGCGCGUACAUUGGUCGAGUUGUAAACAAUGUUGGAAUAGUCGAGUCCAGAUGCGUUGUCAACGUUAUCAAACUCAACCAUACAGAUAUUCGCUCCAGAAUUUCCUCUCAAGCGACGCCUGCCUUCGACCAAAUCGUUGAAGACGUAACGAUUCCAAUCGGUGGCACAGCAAAAUUUUUUGUGAGCGUCAAAUCAAACCCGCAAGCGGUGAUACGAUGGUCCCUUAACGACCGUGCCUUCCUUCUGGGCGAUAAAAACGUGGAAAUUACUUCCUCUGCUAAUGGCGAGUCGACUCUUAUUUUAUCAAACUGGGUCACACAGGGCACAAUCGCAUGCUACGCCAGCAACGCAGUUGGCCAAGCCGAAUGUAAAGCAGACCUUUCGCUGGAGAAAUCGAACUUGGAAAGAAACUACGACCUACUGAAAGAAGAAUACCGCAUUCACAGCGGUAUCACGAGUCGAGGAAGUUAUAGUAUCGUGAAACGUGCGAGCGAGCGCAAAAGUGGCGUCGAAGUGGCGCUGAAAUCCGUUUGCCGGAAAAGUGUCGACAAAACGGGCAUUAGACAGGAAACCAUCAUUCUAAAGCAAUUGAACCAUGUGAACGUUGUCCGUUUUAUCGCCGGAUAUCAUACCCUCGAAAGUCUAGUCUUGGUAACAGAGUGGAUCUCCGGUGGAAAUCUCUUUCAAAAACUGAUUGACGAAGGAAAAUAUUCGGAAUCGCGAGUGAUGUUCUUCUUUGAACAGAUUUGCAAUGCACUAGAAUUUCUGCACUCAAAAUCGAUUGCGCACUUGGAUUUGCGAAGUGAGUCCUUGUUGUUGGCAGCAAAUCAUAGGAGGCUGAUCAUCAUUGGAUUUGGAAAUGCAAGGGAAGUUCAAGAUGAUUUCUUGGAACCGUUAGAUCGUGCAGUGCCUGAAUUUUGCUCACCAGAAGUUGCGAGUUGCAUGCCCGUCGACUGUUCCAGCGAUGUCUUCUCAUCCGGAAUUCUUCUCUCCAUUCUCCUUACCGGCGAGUCUCCAUUCCAAGGAAGAACAGAUAAAGAAACUUUGAAGAACAUUCAAACUAACGAUCACGAGAAACUCAAGGCUGAGAUGAAUGGCAAACUAUCGAAGACAGCUCAAGACCUCGUUCUUCAGUGUCUCACUCGCGAGGCCCAUAAGCGGCCAUCAAUCAGUGAAAUCGCCGAAGAUGUCUCAACCCUCGAGUUUUCUGACGAAAAUACUAUUGACUCGAAAAAACUUAAAUACUUUUUCACGCGACAAAGAUACAAUAGGAAACGAAGCUGCUCUAGCAGCCAUCUAGAACCUCGAAGAAUCCAUGAUAUCAUUAAUGAAAUCGACCAGAAUCCAACAGCAUUAGCUAAACGCUCAGCAUUAACAUCUUUGUCUGACUCAUCUGACUCAGAAGAAGAUGCAGAAGAGGAGGAACUAGCACAGGAGCUACGCGAUCUGGAGAAGGAAUACGGCCUGACACCAACGAUCACGUGGCCAGAAUCACUGGAUAUUCCGAAUAUUUCAAUCACCUCACCAACACCUGUUGGUAGCAUGAUCAGCCUCAGCAGUUCGGCAGAGUCACCGUCAGUCAUCGAGACCUCCCACAGACAACUCGAUGAUGCACAAGAAGAUACUUCAAAUUCUAGUAUCGAUCAAUCCAGAGAAUCUCAAGAAGAUCAAAAGGUUAACGGAAACGAUAAAGAAAUGAGAAAUAUAUUUUCUACCAAGAAAGUCCCUCAAUUACCAAAGACUUUCACCCCGACAAUUGUUCGUUCAAACGCUCCUGUUAAAAAUGCUGGGUGGAGAAAACAAGUGAGCUUUGAAGACCAAAUGCUUCGAAAUGAACCUAUGCAAACUUUCGUCGUUCCAACUCCAGAAAGAAAAGUCAAGAAGCCACGAACACGAGGCACCCUAAACCGAGGUCGAUCCUUAGACAAUAGCAAGAGCAGUUCGGACUCUGACCCCGAGACCUAUCGCCAGGCACCUGCUAAGCCACCACGAAGAAAGAGCAAAAAUCGUGCACCUGUAGAAGAUCGAAGUGAACAUCCGCGGUUAAAGGGAAUACUUAAACAUCAAAGCAGUACGGAAAAGCAAUCUGAUGACUCUGCAGGAAGACGUAGACUCGCUUUUAGGCGAGGGUCAUCUGUUGAUUCUGCUCUACCUACAUAUCCUUCUCAGAAGACAAAGACAAAUCUGAGGAUGCGAAAUAAAGGACACGACUCAGAAGACGUUCCUCAACGAGGAGGUCCGUUGACAUUCGAGAGUGAUCAAAGGAGGAAGCCCCAGGCUGCUGAUCGUCCAGGUGCUCCGUAUACGCUUCGAGAAGUCGAUGGGAAAAUCUGGCUUACUUGGAAAGAUGCCGGUCCUGGAUGUCUCUAUCGUCUUCAGGUUCGAUCGAAUGAGAAUCAGGCAUGGACAGACGUUUCUGACAAGAUCGACCAGAAUGUUCACAUCGUCACCGGGUUGAUGCCAGGUGUUGGUUACCGAUUCCGAGUAAUUGUCCGUUCAAAAACUGGUGAAAUUCCUUCGAAGGCCUCACAGCGUAUCGGAAUUAGGCUAAACUCCAAUUAA